GAGUCGUUAUUUUUCGAAGUAUUUGUUUUACUCACUAGAAUGAAUUGUUUGUGGAAAACUCACAAAUGGAGGCCUUGUUAGGUAGCAUCCAAAAAUGAUUAUUAUACUUCGAAAAAAAAUCUGCCAGACCCUAAACUGACAUUGAGAAUGCUCAGACCAAACAAAAGACAUAAACUAGCUAGGAAAUGUGAAAGGUGAGGCCAAGAAAGAAGGCAAGAGUAUAAAUACCUCAUUAUACAAUCAUGCUUCAAGCCUUCAACUCUUACCUUGUUAACAAAUCAACCAAAGAUGAUGAACCCAAAUCUAAAAACAGACCCUUCCACCAUUUACAACCUUCUCAAAUCUUAUGCACUUUCCCCCUCAAACAUCCUCAAAGCCCAAAACCUCUUCCAACAAAUCCACCGACCCACCUUGUCGUUUUGGAACCUCAUGAUCCGUGGCUGGUCCCACACCGACCAACCCCUCGAAGCAAUUCGCAUGUACAACCUCAUGUAUAGCCAGGGCCUCUUGGGCAACAACCUCACAUACCCCUUUCUCUUCAAGGCCUGUGCCCGAGUCUCAAACAUUUCUUGCGGCACAACACUCCAUGCCCGUGUUUUGAAACUUGGGUUUGAGCCCCUUGUGUUUGUUUCCAACUCCUUGAUUCAUAUGUAUGCAACUUGUGGCCAUGUGGGUCUUGCUCGGAAGGUGUUUGAUGAAAUGCCUCAGAGGGACUUGGUUUCUUGGAAUUCGUUGAUUUGUGGGUACAGUCAGUGCAGGAGGUUUAAGGAGGUGUUGGGUGUCUUUGAAGCGAUGCGGAUGGCCGGUGUGAAGGGUGAUGCGGUGACGAUGGUGAAGGUGGUUUUGGCAUGCUCUUUUCUGGGUGAGUGGGGUCUUGCUGAUGCCAUGGUUAGCUACAUUGAGGAAAACGAGGUGGAAAUGGAUGUUUACUUGGGGAAUACGCUGAUUGAUAUGUAUCGACGGCGUGGGUUGUUUCUUCUGGCUCGUGGGGUUUUUGAUCGGAUGCAAUGGAGGAAUUUGGUUUCUUGGAAUGCCAUGAUUAUGGUUUAUGGGAAAGCAGGAAACUUGGCUGCUGCUCGGGAGUUGUUUGAUGCUAUGCCACAGAGAGAUGUGAUCUCGUGGACUUCUAUGAUCACAGGUUACUCUCAAGCAAGCCAGUUUGCAAAGGCGGUGAGGCUUUUCAAGGAAAUGAUGGAGGCUAAGGUGAAGCCAGAUGAAAUAACGGUUGCCAGUGUGCUUUCGGCGUGUGCACAUAUUGGUUCGCUUGAUGUUGGGGAAGCUGUUCAUGACUAUAUACGGAAAUAUGAUGUGGAAGCUGAUGUAUAUGUUGGAAAUGCCUUGAUAGACAUGUACUGCAAAUGUGGUGUGGUUGAGAAAGCAUUGGAAGUGUUUAAAGAGAUGGGGAAGAAGGACUCGGUGUCGUGGACUUCGAUCAUUGCAGGCCUUGCGGUUAAUGGCUUUGCAGAUUCAGCACUUCAUUAUUUUUCACAGAUGUUGAAGGAAGGUGUUUGGCCUUCUCAGGGAGCCUUUGUUGGAAUUUUGCUAGCCUGUGCUCAUGCUGGAUUGGUUGACAAAGGAUUGGAAUAUUUUGAAAGUAUGGAGAAGGUUUAUGGACUGAAGCCGGAAAUGAAACAUUAUGGAUGUGUUGUGGAUCUUUUGAGUCGCUCUGGCAAUUUACAAAGGGCAUAUGAAUUCAUUAAAGAGAUGCCUGUGGCUCCAGAUGUGGUAGUGUGGAGGAUAUUGCUGAGCUCCUCUCAGGUUCUUGGAAAUGUGCCCUUGGCUGAGAUUGCCACAAAGAAGCUUCUUGAACUGGAUCCUUCUAAUAGUGGUAAUUACGUACUUUCCUCUAAUACUUAUGCGGGCUCCAAUAGAUGGGAAGAUGUUGUUAAAAUGAGAGGACUGAUGGAGAAGAGUAAUGUACAGAAGCCAUCAGGUAGCAGUUCCAUAGAAAUAAAUGGAUCAAACGGUUCUCAAGAUUCGUGUUUUAUUGAACGUGAAGAGAAGAGUGAAUUAACUGUUGUCUAGAAGAUUCGUUUAUUACUUCACAAAUUGAUUUCAUUUUUGGGACAGCAUGGUCCAUGGGCAGGAAAUAAACCAAGGAUUUGAAAAUUUUGAACCUGACCCCUGAUGGCCUAAUUAACUUGUCACACAAGUGACCAAAUCCUAACUGAUAUUUGUUGCCAUGAAGCAAUAUUUUAAGGGAGAACCGGUAGAGUUGCCUCUUAUGAAUUACAGAUGGAAUUGCUAAAGGGGUAUAGGUUUGAUGAUGCCUAAAUUGUAAUUAAUACUUGUCUUCAUGCAAUGUGCUCAUUUUGGAUUAGUGGCUAGACUAAAUUGCAAACCAUCUGUCACUAAAAUCCUCAGUGUCUGCCACAAACUCAUCUAUAGGACCAUCUUCGUAACUGUUCAAAACUGCAGCAAAAGAUGGCUAACCGACUCCGAAAGGCAACAUAUACGUAUAGCGUACUGAGAUGAUGAGAUAUUAAAGGAACGAUAGCAUAAAAUGCUAGAGGCAAGGGUUGUUUAAGAUUCUGCUAUCUAUAAUGGUUACUUUUGAUCCACUUGCUUAUUGAAAAGAUAAACACCCGGUUACUGCAUUUAUAUAAUCAAUUUAUUUCACCAGCUCAUUUUUUUAUCA